AUGUUUCAACCACAAAAAUCUUGCACGUGGUGAUUGUUGGUACCGGACUGGUUCAAAGUAUCAUGGCAACAAUGAGGUUCCUCGAUUUUGUAAAUGAUGGAUUUGAUAACAUCAUCCUGGAAGACACGGCAGACACGAUUGUAAUAAGAACAAAUGUUAAAACUGAAGAGGCGGCGAUGAAAUGGAAGGACACGUAUUGUAAGAAAAAUUGCGUGAGUUUCAUCCAUAAGAGUAAAUACACACCGAAGAGGUUGGCUUACCAUAAGAGACUGCGGUGCAUACAUGCAGACCAGCGGCACAAGGGAGUGAGAAAAACUUUUACUGGGUAUGUAUUUAUACUACACCUUUUUUUCCCUUAACAAAUAUUUAGCCUUUUAGUCAUGUCUACACUGACUAGCCUAUUUAUUGGAGGUACAGGAAAAUCAGAUAAAAAAUAUUGAGCAUGGGAUGUAUGUUGAUAUAUGUUUAAUCAUUUGUGUAAAUAUAAUAUAGAAUGUAUUAUACAUAUACGUUUUUGCCACAAGAGAGCAUCAAAUGAAAGAUAUUCGACUUGUUACAUCACCUGAUCAUCCGUGGAUUCAUGCAGAAGGGUAAAGUGUACUUUGCAGUAUUGCCUGAUGAACGCUUUUAAUUAUAAUGUAUAAAUUAUGCUUGCAUAAUACUUUUGUAAGUGUUUGGGUGCCCCCUCUGCUUUCCAGCUUGUGAGCUUUUGGAAUGAUUUGUAGUUGUGAUGAAUCUAUAGUAUUUAUGCUCUAUAUUCUGCCUUAUAAUUUUUUCAGCUAUAGUAUUUAUGCUCUAUAUUCUGCCUUAUAAUUUUUUCAGCUAUAGUAUUUAUGCUCUAUAUUCUGCCUUAUAAUUUUUUAACAAAAAUAUUCAGUACAGGUAUUGAAGAUGCAGUGUGCCAUCCCCCAUAUGCUGUUUUUGCAUUAUGUAUACAACCCACUAAUGUGUAUGGUAGUAUAGAAUUGCUAUGUUGAAAAUCUAAUGUGUUUGGUAUGGUACAGUUGGUGCCGAAUUAUUGCAAUUUAGAAAUACUGUAGUGUUAAUGGCUGUAACUAUUCAAGCAUGCAUUACAGACUUAAUUGUUUACUAUUUUUCACAUAUCAAAGGCAUAUAAAGGUGUUGUUUGUAUGUUAUAUACGUACAUUAUAUAUAUUUGUUACCUGUUAACAGUUUGUUGGCCCACGUCAGUCUCAUAAUUAUCUCAUCUGGUGAUCAUAACUUAAAAUUGCUGAAAAAAUUUCGUAAUAUAACAGCAUAAUACAUUAAAACCACAAACUAAAAUAAUAAAAUAUACAUUGGCCUACAACUUAAAAAUCUUGUAUUUGAUUGUUUAUAUAUAUUUAAAUUCUCUACACCAGAAAUGCUAAGCCAUACAAUAUUCUCUUGGAAAUCUAAUAUGUCUUUAUUUAUAAACAGCUACUUGGCAAACCUCAUGGAAAGAAAGCAAGAUUGGAGUCUGCUGUUUCGAGCUGGAAACAUCAUGCGUGGCCAUCAUACAAACAACUAUGCAGAGUCCAACAUGUGUCUCAUCAAGGAUGUUAUCUUGAACAGGUGCAAAGCAUACAAUACAUGCCAGCUCAUCAUGUUGAUGAAUGAGAUCUACAAUGGCUACAUGAAGCAACGCCUUCUUGAUGUGGCCUUAUGCCGAAGAAAAAUGAAAAAAUCAAUGAACGCCACCAUCCCCCCAGAACAUGUUACCAGGAUUGAUGAAUUUCGAUUCAUUGUAGUGAGUGACACUAAAAAGGAUGUACAUUAUAAUGUAGAUCUUGCCAUUGGCAUGUGUGAUUGUGUGAGUGGCAAUACUGGCAGUGUCUGCAAGCACCAAAUUGCUUGUGGUGAGACUGCUGUUAUGAAUCUACCUCAAGUGUUGGAUAAUACACCAGAAAUUCGACACUGGUUAGCAGGAGUGGCUAAGGGAACAGAAGAAUUGCCACCAGUUGCAUUUUUUUCAGAUGGAAUUAAAAUAUCCCAAGAAGUACAUGAUGAUUCCAGUAGCAUAUUUGCUACUCCUUCCAUAAAGGUGGAAGCUGUGUCGCUACCUCCUCUAGAAAAUGAGGUGGCCAGUGAGGCUAUGGAUCCACUUGCCAACUCGGUUAAAGAUGAACCACCACCUAGUGACCUUUUUGCAGCAGCAGUAGAACUUUUUUCUGACACACUGCAUACACUGGGAGACAACACUUCUUGCAAUAGUGUAAAGCUUUUCAUGAAGAAAUUGAAGCUAACUAAAAGUCGACUAAAUAAACCUUAA